UCUCAUGUAGGCUAUAUAAACUAAAUGUGAAGUUACAGCGAGCAGUUAGCUUACUUUGGCCUAAUGGAGACCAUGGAUGAUGGAGACAGGUAAAUGGCUAGCCGUCAGUUAGCUUACUUUACCCUAACAGAAACGGGUAAACCGCUAGCAGUCAGCUUACUUUAGCCUAAUGGAGACAGGUAAACAGCUAGCAGUCUGUUAGUUUACUUUAGCCUUACCAAAAAUAAGUUAACAGCUUAUAAGUUAGUUGCCUUUAUUUAACCUAGCUAGCUAACGGAAACAGGUAAACGGCUAGCAGUCAGCUAACUUAAUGGAGACAGGUAAGGGUGGCUGGAUGAGAGCAGGAGCAUCCUCUGGAUUAUGAAUUAGCCGACAUCUAUCACAGUGGGAAAUUACAGACCGCGCGUAAAGGAUGCCCAUCUCUGUCAGUCCGGAGGAUCGGGUGGUUUAAAAGCGCGCUGAUGACGCCGCGGAGGAGGUUCAACCGACGGGACUUUCUCUCUUCUUCUACUUCUUCUUCUGCUGCUGUUGGUCGGUUUCCUGUUGGACGCAAGAGAGAGAGAGAGAGAGAGAGAGAGAGAGAGAGAGAGAGAGAGAGAGACAAAGGGUUGCAGCCAGAUAACCCUACUCAUAUAUCCAGGACACUGCAGCUCUUUUUCAGACGCAACUUCCAAGUCAAAACUCCCGGAGAGAAAGCGGCUGUCAGUCCGAGCCCCGCUGCGCCCUUCCCAGUCCUGCCUGCCUGCCUGCCUGGAGGAUCCACCGGCGUUUCGUUUGGGACUCCAGGAAUCCGCAUUGAAAGACCACUGAACAGGGGAACAAUGAAGAUGCUCCUGCUUCUGGUAAUCCUUCAGCUGCUCUUGGCUCCAGCGCUCAUGGUGCCCAGUGUGGAUCACUGGGACACAUGGGGUCCUUACGGAGAAUGCAGCCGGAGCUGUGGCAGCGGAGUGACCAUGAGAACCAGACGCUGUGUCACCCUCAGGACUGAUGGAGGACACAACUGUGUUGGACCAGACAAGUCUUACCGCACCUGCAACAUCCAGGACUGUCCCGAGGGAUCCAAGGAUUUCCGUGAAGAGCAGUGUGCCCAGUUUGAUGGCACUAACUUCCAGGGGAAACUCUACAAGUGGCUCCCAUAUUAUGGAGCUGAGAACCCCUGUGAGCUGAACUGCAUGCCAAGAGGAGAGAACUUUUUCUAUCGCCACCGCAGCUCUGUGGUCGACGGUACUCCCUGUCACCCUGGAAGGAGGGAUGUUUGUGUGGAGGGAGUCUGCAAGCGUCUGGGCUGUGACAACGUGUUGGAGUCUGCGCAGCAGGAAGACCCCUGCCUGCAGUGUGGGGGGAACGGACAGUCCUGCUACCAAGUCAAGAACAGCUUCUCUGUACGCGGCCUUCCAACUGGCUACAACCAGAUGUUCAUCAUCCCUGUUGGAGCAACCACUAUCAGCAUCAGAGAAACAGUGGCCACACGCAACUACCUUGCUAUCAAGAACCUGCGUGGUGAGUACUACCUCAAUGGCCACUGGGUAAUUGAGUUUUCCAGGGCGACACCCAUUGCUGGAACUGUGCUGUACUACCAGCGAGGAGCGGAGGGGGACAACGUCCCAGAAACCAUCAUCGGCCGCGGCCCCACCACCGAGCCCCUUGUUGUUGAGCUGAUCAGCCAGGAGCCCAACCAAGGAGUGGAGUAUGAAUUUUAUCUUCCCAAUGGACGCUCCAGAGAGGGCUACUACUGGAGCUUUGGAUCCUGGUCUUCCUGCAGCAGAGAGUGCGGAUCAGGCUACCAGUCUCGUUUGGUCUUCUGCACCAUUGAUAACGAGGCCUACCCCGACUAUCUCUGUGCAUCUCUGCCCAGGCCACUGACAAACCGGACAUGCAACCCCCAUGCUUGCCCACAGAUCCGCAGCUGGAAAACCGGCGAGUGGAACACCUGCUCCGUUACCUGUGGUGGAGGCUCUCAGGUGCGCAGCGUGCAGUGCGUCUCCCAUGAUGCCGCUGGGCCCCGCGUGGUGGAGGAUGCCAUUUGUGCCGCCAGCGCUGAGGCACCGCCCUCUCUGCAGACCUGCAACAUGCAAAAGUGCGCAGAGUAUCAAGUGACUAGAUGGAGCGCGUGCUCCGUGACCUGUGGUUCAGGUGAACAGACCCGGGAGGUCACCUGUGUUGGUUCAGCAGGAAUGAGGCUGGAGGAAACGUCCUGUAGCGCUCUUCUCCGCCCGACUGCUGUCCGGCCCUGCGAGAUGGCCGCCUGCCUGAGACAGAUCAGCUGGCACGUCGGAGACUGGGGACUGUGCUCUAAGAGCUGUGGCUCCGGCUCCAGAGAGCGGCAGGUGAUCUGCUCAGACCGAGAGAGGAACCUGUACUCUGUGAGCCAAUGUAGCGCCCACCCCAAACCCUCCACCAUGGAGCGCUGCAACACCCAGUCCUGCUACAGCCCACAGGUGGUUCCCAGCAUCCAGGACACACGAGGACACGACACCACGCACACUGUUUUCCAGCCCUAUGUGCCAGACCACGCAACAGCCCGCCGGCCAGAGACAGAUCCAACACGUACAAACACAGUCCAGGACCCUCACGGCUCUGCCCCAGCCCUCCACUGCAGCCAGUCCUAUUACGGCUGCUGCCCAGAUGGACGUACCUCAGCCGGGGGACACCAGGGUCUGGGCUGCCCACAUGUACCAACUCCCCCUCCUGCCCAGCCACACUGCACCCAAACCAGUUAUGGCUGCUGCCAAGACCGCGUGACGGCUGCUCAGGGCCCCAACAGGGAGGGCUGCGCCGAGUACGCUGCCCCUGCACCCACUGCUGCUCCUUCUCUCCCCACUGAGAAUGCAGCCCAGUGCCGUCUCGCCACGUACGGGUGCUGUUAUGACCGCACCACACCUGCAGGAGGACCCAACGGGGAGGGCUGCCCCAACCCACCCAACCACAUUGAGCGCUCCAUCUGCUCCCUGCCUCGUGCUGCCGGCUCCUGCAGCACCUGGACGCCACGCUACCACUACGACGUCAUCACAUCCAAGUGUCUGCACUUCUGGUACGGAAGUUGCCACGGCAACAGCAACAACUUCAUGACCCGGGCUGAUUGCCAGAGGGCGUGCCAGGCGCCUUCACCGAACCAGCAGGGCUCGGGGACGCUCGCUCCCGCCGGAGAGCCCACUCCUAGAAGAGAAUCCACCCCUGGAAGCUCCACAUUUGGAGGAGGGUCAACAGGUGCGGGGUCCCGCAACAUGGGGAGGAUUUUCACAGUGCAGGGAGGCACCGGCACCGGCAGACAGGCCACCAGUGCCGCCUCACAUGCCCACAGAGCUAGAAACCAUCUGCGCCCCCGCAGACCUUCCACUGCUACUGCUGCACAGCACAUGGGGCCAGCAGCGAGUUUGACCCUGGGAGAAGUGAGCAUUGAUAAGACGGACCCCUCCACGGUGGAAGCUUUAGUGGGCCAGACAGUUGUGCUGCCCUGCCGAGUCAGCCCGCAGCCGUCCUCCACUGUCAGUGUCCAGUGGAGAAGAGACGGCGUCCCUCUGUCUACUCACAGGCAUCUCCAGCAGCCCAAUGGUUCCCUGUUAGUUGGUCCUCUGACUAAGUCGGACUCUGGUUGGUUCUUGUGCGUGGCUACUCGUGAACAGGAGAGAGACCACCGCUACAUUUACCUGUCUGUCUCAGAGGGAUCCUCUCAGUUGGUUCCAACCUCACUGCCCAGAGAUGGUCCUCUCCCUCGGUUCAGUAUUGAGCGGUCAAGCUCAUCUUUGCUGGAAAUGCGAGCGGGACAAACUGCCAGACUGUCCUGCACCAUCGUCCCUUCCUCAGCGCUUCAGUCUGUCAACAUUCAGUGGACUAAAGAUGGACACGCCCUCAGUGACUCCAGGUAUAGCCAACAUUCAGACGGCACUCUGACCAUCGGCUCCGUGAAGUCUGCAGACUCUGGCGUGUACACCUGUACCGCCUCCACUCGGCAGCAGCUGGAGCAGAGACAGCUGCAGCUCAGAGUCCAAGCCGACCUGAAGAUCACCACAGCUCCCAAUAACAUCCAGGUGUCUGAAGGCAGCACAGCUGUGCUCCCCUGUGUGGUGUCAGGAGACAACGUCAACAUCGGCUGGUCCAGGAAUGGCGUCCCAGUGCGUCCAGACGGUCGUACCAUCCUGAUGUCCUCUGACGGCAGCCUGAUCCUGAAUAACGUAAAGCCUUCAGACGAGGGCACGUACACCUGCAACGCUUACACUGGCAUCUACUCUGUGAGUGCCACGGCCGAAGUUAGAGUCACUAAAGACAUACAACAAGGUGAUGACGUGCCUCCGGAGUGCGUGGACCAGCCGGAGCUCGCCAACUGCGAGCUGAUAGUCUACGCCCGACUUUGCUCCAACUCGUACUACUCCAGCUUCUGCUGUGCCAGCUGUACCAGGCACUCCCAGAACAAGGACCGGUUUGGUCGGCUGGGCUGAAGCCCCGCAGGGUUAAAAAACUGUGGGACGGGUGGGACAGGGGGGAGUGUUUGAAAUGUUAAAGCUGUUUUUGGAGGACUGCAUUUAAACAAGUUUUUAUUUUAGUUUUUUUUUAAACACUGAACUUUUGCCCAAAGGACUCCAAACACUCCUAUCUGACCAGGUUGUGCACAAUCACAAUUAGGGCUGUGCAAUAAGUGGAAUUGUAAUUGCGAUUACGCAUAGGGAUAGGGACAGGGACAAUAGGGAAUGUUCAACAGUUCAAGGUGUUGUCCCUGUUGAUUUGUUGAACUGUUUCGCUGUUUUUUUUUAAGUUCAGUAAUUUCAACAUCUUUCCAAAAGUCAACGAGUAAUCGUGUUUAAUAAUCGAGAUUUCAAUAUUGACCAAAAAUAAUCGUGAUUAUGAUUUUUUUUCUAUAAUCGAGCAGCCCAUUUCCCAAUUCAAGACUGUAAUUAAAAAAAAAGGGACAGAUUACUGUGGAUGCAGUUAACUCUGUGGCAGUCUGUUUGUACACUGCUGCAUUAAACACUGAAUAUGGAAACAUUAAACAGGGGCCUACAAAUAAUACGUACUACAGUAUGUAGACCUUGAAUGUGAUGAAGCAAAAGUCAAAGUUUGUUUGUCGUUCUUCCUCUGCCACGUCUUUUAAAUAACUUAUUUACUCUUUGGACCGACUCUACAUGUUCUCUGUUUUCUAGAGGAUGAUUUUACUUUCAGGUCAUUGAAAGGAUUUAACAUGUAAAUCCACUGAAAUGAUUCCAUCUGCUGUACUGUUUUGACCACUGCUCUUUUUAAAAAAAAAAAUCCAUAUUUCAAGUGUUGUAUUUUCUCUUUGUUUGGUUUAUUUUUAUGUAAUUAUUUGAUAAUAAAAGUAAUAUUUUG